AUGUCCGCCCACGCGAAGCUGCGCAAGCACUUCCCCGGUCUGUCUUCCGACGACGAGAUCAUCGAAGAUUGCUCGUGCGCCUACGCGGAGAGCACGCAUGGAGUGCCGCAGCAGGGUCACUUGUGGGUCACCUCCCACCAUCUGUGCUUCCACGCCAAGAUCCUCUCCCGCAAGACCCAGAUCCAAUUGAGACUGGAGGACAUCAAGAUGCUGGAGAAACAGAACACGGCCUGCGUCGUGCCCAACGCCAUGCUGGUCGUGACCAAGGACAACAAGAAGUACUUCUUCGCGUCGCUCAUGCACAGGGACCAGACCUACGAGGCCAUACAACGGGGCAUGCCCCACGAGGCCGAGGCCCCCGCCGCCUCCGCAGCACCUGAGGCCGAGCCCGAGCCCGAGGCCCCCGAGUCCGAGCCCGCUGCGGCCGCACCGGAGGACGACGAGGAAGCGAAGCAGAGGGCAGCGGCCGCUGCGGCCGAGGCCGACGAAGAAAGGGAGCGCGAGCGAACACAGAGGGAGGAGGAAGAGGCCCGUCAGCAGCAGCAGAAGGCUGAGGCGGAGGCGGAAGAGGAGCGAAAGAGGAAGGAGAAGGCGGCGGCGGAGGAGAAGAAGGAGAAGGAGGAGAAGGAGAAGGAAGAGGCCGCCCGCAAGCUGCGUGCCGAAGAGGAGGCGCAGGCUGAGGAGGCGCAGGCGCAGGCGCGCAAGCUCGAUGAAGCGCGCCAGGCCGAGAGGGAGAGGGAAGAGCAGCAGCAGCGGCAGCAGGAAGAAGCGGAGAGUCAGCGCCUGGCGGCCGCCAAGCGAGCUCAGGAAGAGGCCCAGGCCCAGGCCGAGGAGGAGAAGAAGCAGAGGGCCGCGGCUGACGAGGCGGCGGCAGCAGCAGCGGCGGCGGAGGCCCAGCGAGUAGAAAAGGAGAAGAGAGCGGCGGCGGCGGCCCAAGAGGCCCAGGCGCCGAAGGAGCCCGCCAAGCCGGCGGCGACGGUGCGCAGCGCCGAGCAAGCCCAGGCGCCGGUGGUCGCGCAGGCGGCGAAGCGCCACCACCAGGCAGCCGUCGGUGGGGUAGAGGGCCUCCUGCAGCGGCACCAGGCGCUGGUGAUCGUCUUUGGCGUUCUCUUUGUCUUUGUCCUCUCCCGUCUCUUGUUCUGA